AACGAACUGUCAAUGUUGUGUAACAGCUAAAAAUGGGCUGCGUACUGUGCCCGUUGCCGAUUUUUUUUUAACGUAGAAAAUUCAAACUGUUGGUUUUGAAUUAAUUCUAUGAUGAUACUUUUGAUUGCUUUUUUAGUUUUUUUUUUCUACAGCAUUUUUUCUUGGUAUUUUUUAAUGAAAAAAUUACAUAAUUUUUAUUGAAUAUUCUUCAUAUUUUUUUCUUACUACCAAAAAAUGUGACCAAUGCAUUUUCGGUUGAGGCUGGUCAACUGAUUGUUUACAUAAAUAAAAGUCAAGUCAUGUAAACAAAUUCAAAUUUUUUUCUCUUCCAAUCAACAAUGUGCAAAAUCACUGCAAAUUUGAGUGUGACGUUUUCGUGUCAUCAGCAGAAGAAACCUGACCUAUUGUUUUACGGAUUAUAAAUUUUUUUUGGACGAAAACGAUUGAAAAUGAAACUACGACCACGUAAUCCAAAAAAUCACCAGGCAAUCACAUUGCAGAAGUUGAAACGAGAUGACAAAUGGAGCAAGGUAUUAAAUAAAUGGAAAAAGGAUUGCCCAGACAUCUUUAACUGUCGUGUGCUCCUAAAGCAUUUGCCGGGUAGCAAAACUACAAAUGAAGAAAUGUUUCGAAUGAAAAAAUUCCAACAUCAAGUUGUAUCAGGGAAUGAAAAAGAACCCGACUUCGAAUCAUCCGAUGGCAGUGAAUUAGAGUCAAAGUUGGACCAAAAUCUGCUUGAUUCAGAUAUUGCAACAAUUUCAUUUUCAAUUCAACGUGGAAUUAGUCAAUUCGCUCAUUUCGUCUGUAAACUAUUGUUUUAUGUAUUUUUAUUCAUACUUUUGCUAAUAAUUGUAAUUCAACAUUUGUAUUAAGUC